AUGAACAGCCUUGAUAUUAAAGUUGUUGGAAAGCCAAAGUGGUUUGUGAAGAAGCUGCAUCAGUUUCUUCAUGUUUGGAUGCUGAGAGAAUAUCUUAACCUUGAUUUGAGAUCCACAAAUGUGCCUAAAAAAGUUGAAUAUGAUAUUAAACGACUGAUUGACGAUUUCAUAUUCAUAUGCUCUUUCAGUGGAAAUGAUUCUCUUCCGUAUAUGCCAACCUUGGAAAUUCAUGAGGGUGGUAAUGAUUUAUUGAUUCAUGUGUACAAGCAAGAGUUCAAGAACCUUAGAGGGUAUCUUGUGAAUAUGGAAAAGGUGGAACUGGGUACUCCUAGGUGGAGAAAACGGUAUUACAAAUACAAGUUUUCUGCUGAAACGAAAGCGAAUAUGGAAAAUACGAGGAAAGAAAUCGCCACUGCUUAUGCUAUUGCUGUGUCAAAAGAAAUCGCCACUGCUUUUCCUGAUCGCACUUUCAUUUCUCUUGUAGUUGACCUUCUUACUAAAAAUGGGCGAAAUGGUAGCAAACCAAAACCUGAUAAUAUGGUGUUACCAGUUAUAGAAGAGUCAAGAAGGGUAGCCAAUCUUAUGCCACAAGGAAAGACUAUAGCCAUGACUGAUGAAGAAAUAGUAGAGAUGGUGUUGUUUCCUGUGGUGAAUGAAGCAUGUCGUGUUUUAAAGGAAAAAUUUGUUCUUAAAGCAUCCGAUCUUGCCAUUGCAUCUGUUCUUGGGAUGAGUUUUCCUUCAUAUAGUGAUGGCAUUGUUUUUUGGGCAGAUGUUGUUGGGAGUAAACACAUAUAUACAAGUCUGAAGAAAUGGUCUGAAAAAUAUGGCAACUUUUAUAAAUCAUCAAGAUUCUUGGAAGAAAGAGCCAUGAAUGGUGUCCCAUUGAAGAAAAGAUACUAUGUAUGGGGUAUUAGGGUUGGCUUUAAUUACGUGGCUCUUAAUCAGGGAGACAAAGGCAAGCUGGGAGUGACAACAAACUUAGAACGAAGGGGAGUGGGAAAUGUGGAUAUGAUGGAGCUUCGGAGGCUGAAGAUGGUGAUGGUGGCAGCAGGUGGCAAUGGUUGCAAAUGGCCGGAGGAUGCAGCGGUGAUGUACAGAGGUGGGAUGAAGAGAGUGGCUAUAAAAAAAAGGAGGGUAUUCUUGCUAUAG